AUGAGUGAAGCUACUGGAUUCUCCGGACGUAGGUCUGUUGCUAGCAACGCUAAUGGGACUGAAACCGAGCUCGACACGCCUAAACGCGCGAUCGACACGAACGGUAAAGUUUUCGAUGUUCCCGACUACACUAUAAAAGACAUCCUGUCUGCUAUUCCCAAAGAAUGCUACAAAAGAGAUCUAUGGUGGUCGCUACACUACGUGGUACGGGAUAUCGCCGCGAUCGCUGUCAUUGGGUACGUGGGUACCAACUACAUUCCAGUUUGGUUCCCAUCCAGCGCGCUUGCUCGUACUGCGGCCUACAUGGUUCAAUCGUACCUGAUUGGUCUAUUCGGCUUCGGACUUUGGAUUUUAGCCCAUGAGUGCGGACAUUCUGCAUUUUCCGAUUCGAACUUGGUCAAUGACACUGUUGGCUGGGUUCUACACUCUUGGUGGAUGGUUCCAUACUUCUCGUGGAAGUUUUCGCACAGCAAGCACCACAAAGCCACUGGCCAUAUGACUAGAGACAUGGUUUUCGUGCCAUACACACAAGAAGAAUAUUUGGAGGCCAAAAACAAGUCCAAGGUGGCGGAGCUGAUGGAGGAGGCUCCAAUCGUAACCCUUUUCAAUUUGAUUGCUCAACAAAUUGGUGGUUUGCAAUUGUACUUGGCCACUAAUGCUACGGGCCAACCAUACCCUGGGGUAUCCACAUUUUUCAAGUCUCACUACUGGCCCACUGCUCCCUACUUUGACGCCAAGGACUACUGGUAUAUUAUUCUCAGCGACAUUGGUAUCAUUUCCACUUUGACGGUUAAUUAUUUAUGGUACAGGGCUUUCGGCGCGCAUGUUGUGCUAAUCAAUUGGUUUUUGCCAUGGCUAUGGGUCAACCACUGGUUGGUAUUUGUGACCUUUUUGCAACACACGGACCCUACUAUGCCUCACUAUGAUGCUCAGGAAUGGACCUUUGCUAAGGGUGCCGCCGCAACCAUCGACAGAAACUUUGGUUUUGUAGGUCAACACAUUUUUCACGAUAUCAUAGAGACUCAUGUGCUCCACCACUACUGCAGCAGAAUUCCCUUUUACAAUGCCCGUAAGGCCACAAGUGCCAUCAAGGAUGUUAUGGGUAAACACUAUCGCUACGAGGGUGAAAACAUGUGGAAAUCCUUGUGGAAAGUGACCAGGUCUUGUCAAUUUGUCGAGAACAACGACGGCAAAGACGGUGUCUACAUGUUCAGAAAUGGCAAUAAGAUUGGUCCAGAGCCUAUAGCUGGUAACUAA